UUAUUUAACACAUAGUUCUAACUGCUACAAUUAACCAAUCAGAAAAGCCUUGUUUGCAAAAUUAUGCACACCCCAUGUUUGUAAAUAGUCCUCAUCAACAGAACUGGUCCCAUAUUUAGAGUAUUAUAUUCCAUUCUAUCAUAACAUGCCACAAAUGCAGAGCCGUGUUUUUUCUAGCUGUUUGAACGUUGACAAGAACAAGAACAAGCACCACUUCAACUUGGGGCCUUGUAUUUUCAUCUCUUCUCCUUUCUUCUUAUUGGUGAUGUCACAUUCAUGAUUUCUUGCUGUUAACCUCACUUUCUUCUUGUUCCCAUAAAGCAAAGGCAACAACACAUUCUUCAGAGAGAAGAAUGAAGCUUCAGUUUCUAUAGUAUCCUCUAGUCAACCAGCUAUAAAAUAUAAAAAUAAAAAAAGAGUGUUUUUUUGCCUUAUAUAUCAGAUAUAACUGAUUUGGUUGGUUAGCCAUGAUGAACAACAACAGCACUAUUCCUGGUUGGAACUUUGAGAGUGAUGCCUGUGUCAUCAAUCAAAAGAGUCCAAUAGGGCUGGACCAAGAUCUUGUAGAGCUUCUAUGGAAAAAUGGGCAAGUAGUAUUGAGCAGCCAAACACAAAGGAAACCAGUUCAGAAAAGUGAUGCAUCAUCAACAUUAAGGAAUGGUGUUCAUUGUGGAAACUCAAGUAGUAAUUUGAGUCAACAAGAAGAUGAGACAGCUUCAUGGAUUCAAUACCAAGUUGAGGAUCAUCCAAUGGGACAAGAGCUUUGCUCAUCAAAUCUUUUAUCUCAAUUGACACCUUGUGAAGUUGAGGCUUACAAGCCAAUCAAGCAAUUGGAAGAACCAAAGUUUGCAAAAUUUGCUACCCCAAAUGCAAAUUUAAGUCCACAACAACAAAACAACAAUACAAAACCAAUAAAUCCUAUGCCUGCUCCAAGAUUCCAGGUUGCUCCUGAUUCAUCUAAUCAGAAAACCAAUGACUUUGUUGGUGGAUCAUCAUCAUCACAAAAGGUUCCAAAGUUUUCUCAUCAUUUUUCAGCACCCGCACAACAAAAGUUUAGGGAGAAAGUUAGUGGUAACAAUAAUGUGCUACAAAGUGAGGGUAGGGAGUGUUCAGUUAUGACAGUUGGAUCAAGUCACUGUGGCAGCAACAACAUCAUCCCUCAGGAACAAGAUACUACUUUCUCUGAAGCAGUUAAAGACUGUGUUCAGAGAAGUGUUCCUAAUUGGAGUAACAAUAAGGGGAAGUCUUCAGAGAUGAUUGAGGCAACUGUGACUUCAUCCUCUGGUGGCUCAGGUAGUAGUCUUGGAAAGACUACUUGUUCUUUAUCAACAGGAAAUCAUCUUAGCCUAAAGAGGAAAAUCACAGAUGCAGAUGAAUCAGAAGAACAAAGUGAGGCCACAGAGCCUAAAUCAGGUGUUGGAAACAAAACAUCUCAGAGAUCAGGAUCUUCUAGAAGAAACCGUGCAGCAGAAGUGCAUAACCUAUCUGAAAGGAGAAGAAGAGACAGGAUCAAUGAGAAAAUGAGAACACUCCAACAACUCAUACCAAACAGUAAUAAGACAGACAAAGCAUCAAUGCUAGAAGAGGCAAUUGAAUACUUGAAGUCACUUCAGUUACAGCUUCAGGUAAUGUGGAUGGGAGCAGGGAUGACACCAGUGAUGUUUCCUGGGAUUCAGCAUUACAUGUCACAAAUGAGUGCAAUGGGAAUGGCUGCAGCAUCACAACCUUCUCUUCCUUCUAUGCAAAAUCCAAUGCAAAUACCAAGAAUGCCCCUUGACCAAUCCAACAUGCCUUCUACUGUGUCUCUGCCUCAUCAUCAAACACCUUCAAACCAGGCUUUGAUGUGCCAAAAUCCAGUUUUGGGUGCAUUUAAUUACCAAAAUCAUCAGAUGCAAAAUCCAUGCCUUGCAGACCAAUAUGCACGUUACAUGGCUUAUCAUCAUCUCAUGCAAACUGCAUCUCAGCCAAUGAAUGUAUUUGGAUAUGGUUCCCAGGCUGUUCAGCAGAGUCAAACAAUGAUGCCACCCAGCAAUAACAAUGGGACCAUGAAUGUUGCACCUAAUUUUGAAGAUGCUAUCACUGCCAAAAUGGGUACUUCCACCUUUCAACAACUGAACAAUAACUAAUAAACUUAAUAAUUCUUGGAGGGUUUUGUAUGGUGCAGUGUACUAUAGUAGUCAAUUCCAAAAGCACCAAGAUACACUCCAAUGAAUAUUAUGUGGUUUAUUUUAGAGAUAAAUAUGUAAUUCAUCAUAUUAGAUUUAAUAUUUUGAGAAA